CAAUAAUGGAAACUCUCUACCUGAUCCUCUCUCUCGUCUUCCUCUUCAUCUCUCUAACAUUCUUGUUCGGAACACGGCGGCGCAAACUAAACCUACCGCCGAGUCCAACUCGGCCAUUUCCGGUUAUCGGACACCUCCACCUCCUAAAGCUGCCGCUACACCGUACGUUUCUCUCACUCUCAAAAUCACUAGAGGGGGCUUCCAUUUUCUCCCUCCGCCUCGGCACACGUCUCGUUUUCGUUGUCUCUUCUCACUCCAUCGCCGAGGAAUGCUUCACCAAAAACGACGUGGUGUUAGCUAACAGGCCUGAGUUUAUCGUUGGAAAGUAUAUCGGAUACAACUCAACCACCAUGGUUGGUUCGUCUUAUGGCGACAGCUGGCGGAACCUUCGUCGUAUUGGCACCAUUGAGAUCUUCUCGUCUCUUAGACUCAACAGCUUCGUAUCCGUCCGCAAAGACGAGAUCCGACGGCUGAUAUUAUCUCUAUCGAAAAACUCUCAACAAGAAUAUGCGAAGGUGGAGAUGAGACCAUUGUUUAUGAAUUUGACUAUCAACAACAUCCUUAGGAUGGUGGCCGGAAAGAGAUUUUACGGCGACGGAACAGAGGACGACGAUGAGGCAAGACACGUGAGGCAGUUGAUAACAGAGGUGGCUGUCAGAGGAGGCGCUGGAAACGUAGCAAACUACAUCCCGAUCCUCCGUUGGUUAACGAGUUACGAGAAGCAAGUGAAAGAGCUAGCGGGUCGGGUUGACGGGUUUUUACAGAAUCUAGUGAACGAGAAACGUGCGGAGAAAGUAAAGGGUAACACUAUGAUCGAUCACUUGCUUUCUCUCCAAGAAACUCAGCCUGAUUACUACACAGAUGUUAUCAUUAAAGGAAUUAUACUUGUUAUGAUAAUUGCUGGGACUGAUACAUCAGGAGGAACGUUAGAAUGGGCUAUGGCCAAUUUGUUGAACCAUCCAGAAGUAUUAAAAAAAGCAAGGACCGAGAUUGACGAGGUAAUCGGUUCAGACAGGUUGAUAGAAGAACAAGACAUUGUGAAACUUCCUUAUAUACAGAACAUUAUGUCAGAGACAUUAAGGCUUUAUCCUGUGGUUCCGAUGCUUCUCCCCCACCUGGCGUCAGAAGAUUGCAUGGUGGCAGGGUAUGACGUCCCUCGUGGCACGAUGGUAUUGGUGAACGCAUGGGCCAUUCAUAGAGACCCAAAAAUGUGGGAAGAGCCGGAGAAGUUCAAGCCGGAGAGGUUUGAGAAAGAAGGCGAGGAAAAAAAGAUGUUGCCUUUUGGGAUGGGACGACGAGCUUGUCCUGGAUCAGGGCUAGCUCAGCGGCUAGUGACUUUGGCUCUCGGUUCGUUGGUUCAAUGUUUCGAGUGGGAGAGAGCUGGAGAAGAAUAUGUGGACAUGACAGAAGCUGAGAAAGGAACUACCAUGGGCAAGGCCACACCGUUGACAGCUAUGUGUAGAGCUCGUCCCAUUGUCCAAAAGGUUUUAGAUGCUUCUUGUUCAUAAGCGUAUCUUCCAAAUAUUGUUAUAUUUUAUAACAUCUUGCAACGGAUUUGCAGCUUCUUAUAGUUCAUAUAGACUUGUAUAUUUCCUAUUGGUGACAUAUAGUAUUGUAGCAUGAUUUAUAAUUUGAUGUAACUUACAGUAAAAAUAUAUAUGGUAGAAACUGAGCUUUAUGUGCUAAGUUUGUAUAAAAUA